AUGGUGGAUUACCACACCGCUGGCCAGCCGACGUAUCAGUACGGGGGCAACGGGCCCGGCAUCGGCGACUACAUGGCUCAGGAGGACGACUGGGACCGCGACCUCCUCCUCGACCCCGCCUGGGAGAAGCAGCAGCGCAAGACUUUCACAGCAUGGUGCAACUCCCACCUGCGGAAAGCCGGCACGCAGAUCGAGAAUAUCGACGAAGACUUUCGCGACGGCCUCAAACUCAUGCUGCUGCUGGAGGUCAUUUCAGGGGAGCGAUUACCAAAACCGGAGAGAGGGAAGAUGAGGGUGCACAAGAUCAACAACGUGAACAAGGCCCUCGAUUUCAUAGCGAGCAAAGGAGUCAAGCUGGUUUCCAUAGGAGCCGAAGAGAUCGUUGACGGCAACGCCAAGAUGACCCUCGGCAUGAUCUGGACAAUCAUCCUCCGAUUCGCCAUUCAGGACAUCUCCGUGGAAGAGACCUCGGCCAAAGAAGGCCUGUUGCUCUGGUGCCAGCGGAAGACGGCUCCCUACAAGAACGUCAACGUGCAGAACUUCCACAUCAGCUGGAAAGACGGCCUUGCUUUUAAUGCCUUGAUCCACAGACACAGACCAGAACUGAUCGAAUACGACAAGCUCAGGAAGGACGAUCCAGUCACAAAUCUGAACAAUGCCUUUGAGGUCGCGGAGAAAUACCUCGACAUUCCCAAGAUGUUGGACGCCGAAGACAUUGUGAACACAGCCCGUCCGGACGAGAAGGCCAUUAUGACCUAUGUCUCCAGUUUCUACCAUGCCUUCUCUGGCGCACAGAAGGCCGAGACGGCCGCAAACCGGAUCUGCAAAGUGCUGGCUGUCAACCAGGAAAACGAGCACCUGAUGGAAGACUACGAAAAGCUGGCUUCGGACCUGCUGGAGUGGAUUCAGCGCACCAUCCCCUGGCUGGAGAACCGCGUCCCCCAGAAGACCAUGCAGGAGAUGCAGCAGAAGCUGGAGGAUUUCCGCGACUACCGGCGAGUCCACAAGCCCCCCAAGGUGCAGGAGAAGUGUCAGCUAGAGAUCAACUUCAACACGCUGCAGACCAAGCUGCGGCUGAGCAACCGGCCCGCCUUCAUGCCCUCCGAGGGGAAAAUGGUCUCGGACAUCAACAACGGCUGGUCCCACUUGGAGCAGGCGGAGAAAGGCUACGAGGAAUGGCUGCUGAAUGAGAUCCGGCGGCUGGAGAGGCUGGACCACCUGGCGGAGAAGUUCCGGCAGAAGGCCUCCAUCCAUGAGUCCUGGACCGAAGGAAAAGAGGCCAUGCUGAGGCAGAAGGACUACGAGACGGCCACCCUGUCGGACAUCAAGGCCCUGAUCCGGAAGCACGAGGCGUUCGAGAGCGACCUGGCGGCCCACCAAGACCGCGUGGAGCAGAUCGCGGCCAUCGCGCAGGAACUCAACGAGCUGGAUUACUACGACUCCCCCAGCGUCAACGCCCGGUGCCAGAAGAUCUGUGACCAGUGGGACUCGCUAGGAUCCCUGACCCACACCAGGAGGGAGGCGUUGGAGAAAACAGAGAAGCAGCUGGAGACCAUUGACCAGCUCCACCUGGAAUACGCCAAGAGGGCAGCGCCCUUCAACAACUGGAUGGAGAGCGCCAUGGAGGACCUGCAGGACAUGUUCAUCGUCCACACCAUCGAGGAGAUUGAGGGCCUGAUCGCCGCCCACGACCAGUUCAAAUCCACCCUCCCCGACGCGGACAAAGAGCGUGAGGCCAUCCUGGGGAUCCAGAGCGAGGCGCAGCGGAUCGCAGACUACAACAGCAUCAAACUGUCCGGAAACAACCCCUACACUUCGGUCACGCCGCAGAUCAUCAACUCCAAGUGGGAGCGGGUCCAGCAGCUAGUGCCAAAGAGGGACCACGCCCUCCAAGACGAGCAGAGCAAGCAGCAGUCCAACGAGCACCUCCGCCGGCAGUUUGCCAGCCAGGCGAACAUCGUCGGGCCCUGGAUCCAGACCAAGAUGGAGGAGAUCGGGCGCAUCUCCAUCGAGAUGAACGGCACCCUGGAGGACCAGCUGAACCACCUCAAGCAGUACGAGCAGAGCAUCGUGGACUACAAGCCCAACAUUGACCUCCUGGAGCAGCAGCACCAGCUCAUCCAGGAGGCCCUCAUCUUCGACAACAAGCACACCAACUACACCAUGGAGCACAUCCGUGUCGGGUGGGAGCAGCUGCUCACCACCAUCGCCCGGACCAUCAACGAGGUGGAGAACCAGAUCUUGACCCGGGACGCCAAGGGGAUCAGCCAGGAGCAGAUGCAGGAGUUCCGGGCCUCUUUCAACCACUUCGACAAGGACCAUGGCGGCUCUCUGGGACCCGAAGAGUUCAAAGCCUGCCUCAUCAGCUUGGGAUACGAUGUGGAAAAUGACAGACAGGGAGAUGCAGAGUUCAACCGGAUCAUGAGUGUGGUGGACCCCAACAACAGCGGCGUCGUGACCUUCCAGGCCUUCAUUGACUUCAUGUCGCGGGAGACGACGGACACUGACACGGCGGAUCAGGUCAUUGCCUCCUUCAAGGUCCUGGCCGGAGACAAGAACUACAUCACAGCCGAGGAGCUGCGCCGAGAGCUGCCCCCGGAUCAGGCCGAGUACUGCAUCGCUCGCAUGGCACCUUACCAAGGGCCCGACGCCAUCCCCGGAGCCCUCGACUACAAGUCCUUCUCGACGGCGCUGUAUGGAGAGAGCGACCUGUGAGGCUGAGAGGGCGGCGGCGGCAGCAACUGCAAGCGCUGGCGCUUUGGGGAGGGCAGGAGCCAGAGUUCGAUCUCCCCACCACGCAAACACACACACAGUCUCUCUCUCUCUCUCUCUCUCACUCCCUCUUUCCGCAGGGGCCCCCGGCCUCCUACUCUUUUCUGUCUUUUCUCUCUGAGGACAGCAGUCUGCCUCCACGCUGGGCGAAACCUGGGAGCUGGCCUACGAAACUCUUUUCCUCGCUGCGCUAUUCUACGAACAGUUACCUAUGCAACGGCCUCGCCUUUCGCCCUCUGUUCCCGGCACCGAGCUGCAGGGGGGCGCAAGGCUCGAUUCCCCCUUCCCACCCCACUGACCAUCCUUACUUUGCCUUGCUUGGGAAUGGGGAGGGGGGUAGACAAGGGAGGGGGGGCAAAGAGGAGGUGAGGCGGGCGGGAGUCCAGUGAACGUGGGGGGUUUUCGUUUGAGUGACCGAAUCCUGUUCAGACCGCUGUCGCUCUCUACUCUUGGCUGGGUACGUCGUUCCGGAGUUGAGUUCUUUCCUCCCCUGGGCUUGCCUUGUUCCCCCCCCCCCUUUUUCCAAUUUUUUAAAAAUUUAAGCCUCGUUCUAGCAGAAAUCCUAGCAGUGGGGGCGGGUGUUGGCAUCACCCAGGUUUGGAAGGAAAGCUAGGGCCGCCUCCUGCUCCGGGCACAGAACCGGGACGCAUCCGUUGUUCCCGCGCCCCCACGGACCUUUCCGCCAGCUGUCCCGGGGCAGUGUUCGGGGAAGCCUUCCUGGCGUGGAUUCCCUCUCUCGCCCCAACCAGGGAAGAGAUUCUAAUGGGCAUGCUGGCUCGAUGAACCAAGCGCCAGGCCGGCGCUCUUACCGGGUCACCCAGGGGAGGGUCCAUGUGCCAAGACCCACCCACCCCGGCCUUUCCAGGCCAACUCCUUGGGCUCAGCGCACGCCCUUCUAUGCACAUCCGUUGCACAGCCUUCUUCCCCCUGCCGGGAUGAGUUGGCGUCUGAUUCGGCGCUGGGGAGGGAAGAGAGGUGAACCCCUUGCCUGCCUCCCUCUUUCCUUUCCGCAGGCCAGGGAUGCUGCGGUGGAGGCAGGGCCUUUCCUGGGACGUCUCUCGCUUCCGGCUUUUCGCUUUCUGCUUACAGGGGAAGCAGGGAAAGGCACGCCGGCGGGGGGGGAGGCCUCUCGCUCUUACGUAACGGCCUCCUCGGCCAGCUUCUUUCCGACCGGUUCCGGGCUGCAUCCUCCCUUCCUUCCCACGGUUCACCUUUGCACAUGGUUUAGAACACACGAUUUCUCUCAGCAAUACCGACAACACAAAAUCAAGGGCAGAACACCAAACGGGUUCAUUUUACAUACAAGCAGAAUCAUGGGCGCCAGGGGCUGGGCCGAGGGGCGUCCCGUUUCCCCCCUCCCCUAUUUCCAGUAUCUUGGGGCGGGGGGGCCCUCUUGCUGGAAACGAAGGCUCAGAAGCAAGCAGCGUCCUGAAUGGAUUUGUCUUGGUUUUUCUGUUCACGCGCACCCUUUUAUACACGGUGGGUGGUAAGCGGG